CUCUCUCUUCAUCCAAUCACAGCUCCGUCCGAUCCGGAAGGACUCCGUAUUCCCGUACUCCUGUAACACACUAAAGAUUCUCUCGACGGAAAAGCCAACUUCACUCUCCGCAAAAGGAAAGCAUCUCCGGUAACGCACCCGGCGGGCAAUAAACGAUGCUUCAUCCCAAGCACAAUGACCAAAACACCCACGCCUUUCCCAAUUGGCAAAUGCAUGUAACUCAAACACCUUAGUACUCGGUGGGACGAAAUGGUCAUUUCACAGAAAGGGAUAAAAUUCCACCAGCCAGAGUGUCGCGGGGUGGGUGAAUACGGGGUCGUUUUGGAACUAAAUCCUGUCUGCCGUCGCCUGUCUUCUGUUCUUCAGAUUGUAAACAGAUUCGAAAGUUUAAAGCCGAUUCUGUACAGCUGAUUGUAUAUCUAUAGUUUCCUUCGUUAGGGCUUUGAGUUUGGAAUCACUGCGCGGCUGUUUCUAUGUAUGCGUUUGUGCUAUUGUCAUCUGGUUAAUGUGAUAAGUAUAUGUGAGAAUUCUCACCCGUGAAUUUAUUGCCAAGAUUCGAUUCGGAGCUCUAAAUUUCGAGGUUUUUUCCAAGAUAAGGGUUGGUAUUUGGAUCUGAUCUAGAGAGAUAAGUUGGAUGGCGGGGCAAGAGGAGAAGGAUUUGCAGAUGGCGUUGAGGAUGAGUAUGCAGCACGAGCCGCCAGAGCCGAAGAGGAUCAAGCCGAGGGAGAACGCUGGAGGGACGGCAGAGUCGCCGGAGGAGUCGCCAGAGAUGAAGAGUCGGAGGUCGCAGCGGGAGCUGAUGGCCGCGGCGGCUGAGAGGCGGAUGUUGGCUGCCAGGGGCGCUGCGGAUGCUCAGGUGCCCGACAGGAGUGUCCCUGUUGCGAAGGAAGAGAAAGGGUUGGGUCCUGGAGUUGAGGGACAGAAGCGUGUCAGUGAUUCAAAGGGGAAAAAUGUGAACUUGGGGAAGGAGCUUUCACCGGCGGAGGCGAACCAGUUGUUUUUGAUGGUUUUCGGGAGCGAGGUUACUAGGGAUAUUCUUGCACAGUGGAGCAAUCAGGGUAUUAGGUUUAGCCCUGAUCCAGAAACAUCCAUGGGCCUAGUGCAACAUGAAGGUGGUCCUUGUGGUGUAUUAGCAGCCAUUCAAGCAUUUGUUCUCAAAUACCUCCUGUUUUUUUCAGAGGAAUUAAAUGAAAAUACACCAAACAUACUGCCAAAUCUAGGUUCAAGGAGAUCAUCUAAGAGUGAAUUUGUUGCACCAGAUGAUCUGUUUGCUUCUCUUUCAGAAGACAGAAAGUCAAGAGCCUUGGUCAGAAGUAUGGGGGAGAUCUUGUUUUUAUGUGGAAAUAAUAAAAGGGCCAUAAUUGCAACUUUAAGUAUCCUUGACCAUGGCACUGAGGGAUCUGAAGACAGUUCAAAGGAUGAGGCUGUUGCACGAGCACUUGAAGGUCUUUCAAUUGAAUCGGGGCCUGACUUGCACAAAUUUUUGAGAGUUGAAACAUACACUUCACAGGCUAGUGUAUUGCAGAGACUUAAAGCAAUGAUUCCUGUUUUCCGAAGUCGUAUGGGGGCAAUGUUGUUCCUUAUUUCUGCUUUGCUUUCUCGAGGACUGGACUCUGUUCAAGCAGACAGGGAUGAUCCAAGUCAACCUUUAGUCACUGCCCCAUUUGGGCACGCAUCACAGGAAAUAGUAAACCUACUACUUUGCGGGGAGGCCGUGGCCCAUGUCUUUGAUGGAAGGAUGGAUUUAGGUGGUGGCAUGUUUCUGAAGGGAAUAUCUACCAAUGUGGAAGUUGGAUUCCUUACCUUACUAGAAUCCCUAAAUUUCUGUAAGGUUGGCCAAUAUCUUAAAUGCCCAAAAUGGCCGAUAUGGGUUGUUGGGAGUGAGUCCCAUUAUACUGUGCUAUUUGCUCUUGACACAUCUGUUCAAGAUGAAAACGAAUUUGAAGGGAGAGAGACACAGAUCCGUAGGGCUUUUGAUGCGCAAGAUCAGAGCGGGGGUGGUGGCUUCAUUAGUGUAGAAGGGUUUCAUCAGGUUCUGAGGGAAACAGGCAUUAACCUCCCAAGUGAGAAGUUGGAUCACCUUUGCAGCUCGGGCUUCAUAGUAUGGAGUGAAUUCUGGCAGGUGCUAUUGGAUUUAGAUAAGAGUUUAGGAGGCUUAAAUGAUUCCACUGGAUUGAUGGGCAAAAAGGUUUUUGAUCUUCACCAUUUUAAUGGGAUUGCAAAAUCUGAUAUAAAUGGCAGCCACGCAGCCUCUGGAGGUGAGACUCCUAUGCAGAGGCCUAGGCUUACAAAAUUGAGGGUCUCAGUUCCCCCCAGGUGGAGUCCCGAAGAAUUUAUGGCAGAUGUGAAACUGCCAUCCGAUUCAAGCUCCAAAGAAAGUGAAGUAGCCAAACCCGAGUCUUCCCAGCAUGCACCCUUGGCAGACUGCAUUAGAACGCGCUGGCCCCGUGCCACUUGCAACUGGACAGGAGAUCCCCCAAGCAUAGUCUGAAAGUUUUUGUGGGCCCCAUAUACAGUUCAGUUCUCCCCAUGUACCCUCACCCUCUCAAUGUCGGAAUCUUGGAGGAGAUCAAAGACCAAAAAUCCCUUGUGAAGCCGUAGGAGAUGGACGCCAGAGAUUUGUGCAAGACGACGACGAGAAAACAAUUGCUCCCAUCCCAUCAUAUCGGUUUUGGACAAAGGCGCGCCCUUAUCUAUUAUUAUCUCUUAUUAAAAUUACUCUGAUUCGAGUUUUGGUUUUGUUCCUCCUUUGGUAAUAGACAAAAAAAAGAUUCUCUUAUCAAUUUGUAGAAUAUACAUUUGGGCUUGGUAUUUGCUUAGGACGACAUUUCUAAUACAAUGGACAGGGCCGUCCAGAUUUCAGCUCUA